AUGUUCACCGAAAUCAAGAACUACUUUGCAUUCAAGACUUAUCAAUCUGAAGUUACGACAUCAACGAAAGGCCUCGACCCAUGGGAGAAAGCAUUAUUUGACUCCUUAGUAUUUGUAAGCAUCACUCUAUUGACGUAUACGACGUUCGCAACACUCCCAGAUCAAAUGCUAUCGGCAAAAUUUGAUGAUCUCAAUGCAUUACACUUUUAA